AAACUGUUUAUUAUGUUGCACACGUAAAAGUUUCUUGUUGGCCUGUGCUCGAGACGGCUCUAAAUCCAUCGUCCUUCGCUUCUCGAGGUACGUUUGACGUGUUGGGGCAUUGAUAUCUCGUCGUUUACUGCACGUGGCACCGUGUACGACAGUCCAUUGUCUUCCUCUAUGUCUCCUCUAUCGAUACAUACCAGAAACUCUUUCUAACACGCUGUUUUCUCUUCACAAUCCUCCAUUCUCCGCAGGCACCACCUCUACAGUCAUGGUAGACCCCGACGUCGCCGUGGGCGAAAGCCCCGAGGCGCUGAGUCUCGCCGAUCGUCUGCUAUUACUGCUGACAAUCCUACUGUUCCUGUCGCUGAGCGCCGUGUCUGGGCGCGUCCUCUACAGUCAGUACGCUGCCAAACGCAAGCGUCUCUCCAGUCCCACCGCAGAGACUUCUGGGCGUGUUCCAGCUGGCAAAGCGCCGUAUUCUGCAGUACCCCAAGCGCCUCCACCUCCUGUAAACGUUGUGGGCGGCUCCGAGUCCGCUCUAAUGGAGGAGGAGGGCGCUGCAGCCGCUUCAACAGGCUCCGAGAUGCGUCAGAGACUCUUUCUACUGCUGUUCGUGGCCUCCACAUUACGUGUCUGCUCUCUAAUAACUGAAGUGGCUACACUAGAGAAGAUAACGGCGCUGCCGUCCACGUCCGUAUACUGCAGACUACUCGCGCUGUUCCUAUGGCUUCCGUCCAUGCUGUUCGUGUCCAUGUAUGGCCUCGUGUUGCUCUUCUGGGCGCAGUUAUGCUACGCGUGCUGGGGCAAAGCCCACCCGUGGCCGAGAAGAGUGUUUUUCCUGUUCAAUGUGCUGUUAUACGUGGGAUUCGCGCUGCUAUUCGCUCUGUCCAGCACGUCCGCGGGACUCUGGAGAGGCUGCGACUUGAUGCAAGGAGGCGUCUACUUUGUGGGGCUAUUUGGCAUUUUAUACUACAGCAUCCGACUCAUCGAUUUCUUCCGUAACCAAAGCCCGGACGAGGAUUUCUUCUUCGACUUGUCGUCGGCCGCUAUUGGCAAUGGCACGAGGAACCGCCAAGGACGUGCGUCGUUCUCCAUUGCACCCAGAUCGCCUCGGCAACUGGUUUUAAGAAGGAUUACGGCGGUUUGUAUCCUCCUGUGCGUCUUAUUCGCUGUCAAGGCGGUAUAUUUGAUCGGUAUGGGUACCGGUUAUAUGGAGUCGGAGGAGUCUCAAUACCGCACUCCUGUGGGUGUCCACCACAUCGCGUACGAGUUCGUGAUCCACUUCUCGACCGAAUUCGUUCCAUGCGCGCUCUUGCUCUUCUUUACGCGUCAGGACAAGAAUUCGUCGGCCCAGCGGCAACGUCUUCGCUCGUCGUCCGCCACUUCAGCGUCCGCUUCCUUGUCUGGCGGCAGCUAUGGGGCGAACAACCCACGCGAUAAACCCCCGACACCUAAUUACGCCUAUGCGCCAAGUCGCGGCAUCGCUGCAAGUCACGCGUACCAAGAAGACGCCGUGCCGAUGCUUUCCGGGUAUCAGUAUCAGGUACGUAGAAGUAGAAAUUGACACUAUGUGUGAGAUAGUAACGUUUCUUAUUGUAGGCAAAUCAGCGUGCGUAUGGGUCGACCAGCUCGACGUCGUCUUCGACUGCAAAUUUGCGCUCGAGCAACAGCAGCGGUGCUUUCCUGCUCGACAGCAUCAGUGGAAGUGCCUUCGGUAGCGCCGGCCCCAAUACCGGCUCAAAUGCGAAGAUGGCGUACCAUUAAAUGAAAUUUUCUUUGCAGUACCAGAUAUUCCUAACGCAAUUGCUGUAAAAUAAGAGGCAAGGUCAAAUCGGCAAACGUGGUUUGCUGGGAUCCGUGUUCUAGCGGACGUCUCAUAUGCGCCGAUGUCAGGCUGUCUAUUGCUGCAACCACCAACAUCCAGCAGAUUUCGGCACCGGAAGGGCAACGGCCACUGCACCGACGCUUUAACGUUUAGUGUUCGCAGAUCUUCUACACUUUAUUGUUGGCCUUGGCUGGUCGAGGCAGUAGCUGUGGACACAGUCAUGUGUACUCUGCGCUUCAACCUCUGCUGUAAACGUGAGGCUGGUCGUCAUCACGUGCUUGGACGCAGGCCUCGUCGUUGAAGUGCCUUGCGAAUCUGUCUGCGAUGUUAAACCGACCUGGAAGUUGAAUCAACGAUACCGGCCUCCCAUUGGUCAAUCGCUAGGGUCCAGGGUCGACGCGCUUCCGUGAAAACCUGGACUAGAACUGAAACUUCCAGUGGCGCUCGUUGAAGUUCUCAGAUGGUUUACCACAAGAAAAUACUCAUGCUGUCCAUGCCGUCGACGUGUACAGGCGAAAUGCCACGUUGAAACGCCCGCCAAAGUAUUAUGUAGGAGUAAACGCUGUUUUAGAAUAAAAAAA